AUGGAUUGCAACCGGUACAGUACCAAAGAGCAACUUUUACGAGUAACAGCGUUAUUAAAGAGAUUCGGUGACAAAACGAGGAGACAGCCAGUGCCAAUUGAAGUAACUGCGAAUGAACUAAGAGCAGCUGAAAAACUUUGGGUGAAUACCAUACAGGCAAGCAAUUUCGAAGACGAAAGGUCAUAUCUCCAAGGAGUUUCGAAGAAAGAACCGCUGCUCGUAAGACAGUUGGAUUUAUUCUUGGACGAAGAAGGUACGAUUCGAUGCCAAGGUCGAAUAGAUAAAUCAUCAUUACCCAUGACGACAAAGCGGCCAAUACUUCUUCCUGCACGACAUUUCUAUACGCAACUUGUAAUUCGCAACUGUCACGAAGUCGUCCAUCACAACGGUGUCAAAGAAACAUUGAACUGCAUUCGCGAAGUAUAUUGGAUUCCAAGAGGUCGAGAAGCCGUUAAACGUGUAAUUGGAGUAUGUGUUACAUGUAGAAAACACGAAGGGAAGCCAUACGGUUCACCAAAGUUCGCCCCGCUACCAUCAUGUAGAGUAAGCGAUGAUCCACCUUUUGCUCACACCGGCAUGGACUUCGCUGGACCACUAUAUUUAACGACCGAAGGUGAAGAUGAUAAAGAACGAAAGUUGCAAAAGGCGUACAUUUGUCUCUAUACCUGCGCGUCAACAAGAGCGUUACACCUUGAACUUGUGCCAAAUUUAUCAGUGUCUACAUUCUUACAAUCAUUUAGAAGAUUCACCGCUCGAAGAGGAUUACCGACAAAGUUACUAUCGGAUAACGCGAAAACGUUUAAAGCGGCUGCAAAAGAAGUCAAGGGAAUUACGAGAUCUAUGGAAGUUCAGCGGUAUUUGGCGAACAAAGGAAUCACGUGGGAGUUCAUCGUGGAAAAGGCACCCUGGCAAGGGGGUUUCUGGGAAAGAAUGGUGAAAUGUGUCAAACGCUGUCUGAAAAAGGCGGUGGGUCGAGCAUCAUUAUCGUUUGAAGAAAUGCGCACAUUAUUGAUUGAGAUUGAAGCUACGCUGAACAAUCGACCUAUGACUUACGUAUACGAUGAUGAAGAAGGCGUGUCUUAUCCGUUAACACCUGCAUCGUUGAUCUAUGGUCGAAACAUCGCUACAACGCCAAACGAUAAGCAAUUCGAAGUGAUCAGUACAAAUCAAUCCCUAACUCGACGACAGAAGUAUCACAAAAGGCUUUUAAACCAGUUUGCGAAGCAAUGGAGAACUGAGUAUCUCGCUAGUUUAAGAGAGUCAUCAAGGUCAAAGGUUUCGUCGGAUGCGGCUCGUAAGCUGGCGAUAGAAGAAGGAGAGAUCGUAGUUUUAAAGAACGACAAGUCAUCACGAUCAUUUUGGAAGUUAGCUAGGGUGGAGGAAUUACUCGCCAGUAAAGACGGUGUUAUUAGAGCGGCAAAGGUACGCGUAGUUAAUCAAGAGAAUGGAAAAUCAACAUGGUUACGAAGACCCAUACAACACCUUGUUCCUCUAGAAAUACGGUCGAGUUGCAAACAGAAGAACGAAACGCACGCGAGGGAUCCUACGACGGAAGAGACGAAAGAGGAUGCCUCUUCAAAGGAACCGCUGAAGGCGAACGCAAGGAGUACAGUUGUUACUAAAUACUUCCUACGAAGUCAGAACAAUCGUAAAGAUACUGUGUGACACAAUAACGUGAUUUAAGUUUAUUAAUAGUUAUAUUAGUACAAACAUUAACCCUCGGGAGUGUAUCGAACGGUUCAGGUUUAUAUUAACAUUAUAAAUGAUAGUAAUGACGUAGAGACAACGCGCCAAUCAGAAGCUAGUGUGGCACGCCCACAACCCGCCUUCUUUUUAGAGUUCACGCCUCCAGACAUGGCGAAAAUAUAACAAAGCUAGCGCCAGUGCCGAACCGGCUGUUUUAUUGUGAUAUGUGGUUAAAUGUUAUUAAAUAUAUAGUAAAAUUGAACGUUGUUUACAGUAACAGUUCAGAGUCAGUGUAGAAUGAAUUGGUGUUUGCUUUCCCCAGACAGCCCCUAGAAAUCGAUGACUUGUGAGUUGUGUAUGGCAACCAGUACUGACGAUAACCCACAAACUCGACAUGUUAAUGAGCACCAUAAGCAAGAACUGAUACAGAGGUUGUUGGAAUUCCAGAAAAAGUUGGCUAACAGAUUAUAGAUGCCAAGAAAUAUGUUUUAUGUCCAAAUGUGUUGAUGGAAUUUAACAAAUUCCAUAUUAAGCAAGUGGCAAACAAUUGUCACUUAUUAUUUUUGCUUGGAUGUUGUUCUUGUACACAUUGAAAUUUGGCGACAUCAGUAUGCCUGUAUGCUUCAAGUAAUUGCAGAAGUCUUUGGUGAUAUUGAGUAUGAAUGUUCACAUGCAGAUUUAAGUACUGAAAACGUUUCUAUGCUUGAUGAAUCGAUCAAUUCUGUGUGGAAUGAACUCAGAGAGGACUCGUCAUUUAACAGCAUGUUUGAAAGUCUUAAUGUAACUGCUGAUGACACUACAGACGACGUCGACUGCAAUGACAUGUCUGAUGCUGAGUCAAACCAUUCUGGUAGCUAA